CAUACCCUUAUCCUAUUCUGCUACCUAUUCCUCAUGUGCAACAAUGCUCUCAGUCACAAGUCGCUCAUUGCGCAUCAGCUCAGCCCAGCGCUGAUGCUAGAUCGCUCGGGUAUCAUCGUCUCCACCAACGAAGGUGCCGUUCGCUUGAUUUUUCCUCAACAUCAAGAUUCGCCUCCCAGCACCAACAGCUCUUUGCUUGGCAAAAGCCUUGUGGAUCUCGGUAUCGUUCUCCUGCCUGGGAAAUCGCCGGUUUUCUGGACUUGGGAUGAGGUUCUCAACGCCGCCAGAGGUAGAAUCGAAUCACAUGACAGUGUGAUGCGAGACGGCGGGGAUGUUUCAAGCGUGGCACACACAAUUAUUCAUCAAGAUACUGAAGAGUUUUGGGAUCACGAAGCUGAGCGGCAAUCGAUUGUUGAAAGUGACAUCUACGUUACCCGACAUACCCUGAAACAAGUCGGUCAUGGCACAAAUGAGUCCCCAAUUCGCCCACAUAUGAUCAGAGCCAGAGCGAAUGUUCGUUGGCUUCCUUCAAGUUCUGAAGGUCACUACCUCGUUACAUUUUGUAGGACGUCCUUACCUCAACGGAGUACAGCGGUAACGCCGAAAUCUCGAACAGCAUCAGUUGGCGGCGGGGGAAGUACCAUUGCUAAGUUGCCUGACCCUGCAUCUUUCUUUGCCUCGUGUUUUCCAGAAGAUUUGGGUUCAACUUUCAGUCUAGAAAUGAAAGAUCUUAUGCCAGAUGCCUCCAAUAUCGCUUCUUCUAUCGUUCCCUAUAUCGUAUCGACAUUAGAUACAGAUGGCCAGGUUUAUCAUCUCACGGACUCUUGGUAUCACCUUACUGGACUUAGCGAAAGUGAGAGCCUCGGUAGCGGUUGGGCGUCGGCUGUGCACCCCGAAGACGUACCUGCGAUGACUGUUGCUUGGGCUGAUGUGCUCCGAAACGAAAGAAGUGACUGGACCUAUCCAGCGCGUGUCCGGCGAGCCUCAGACGGGACGUACUGUUGGUUCUUGAUCCGGACACAGCCCCACAGAGACGAUUCUGGGAAGCUACUGCGCUGGUACGCGUCUAUGAUAGAUAUUCACGAAUGGGUCAUUGCCAGACUCGAAGCAGACAGGCAACGACAAUCGAUACUUACAUUGUUUUCCCAAACAGACGUUAUGUUAUGGGGUAUUGACAAAUCAAAUCACAUAUACAUAUGUGAGGGGCGCCUUGACUGGGACCCCACAAGAAUUGUCGCCCUGUUGGAUCGCCUACAACAAGGAAAGACCUCAAAGACUGCACCUAUUGACAACGCGGCACCCUGCCCAGAUCCUGAUGCGGACAAAGAGCUCAUCCUCACGAUCCAAGCGGUGCUCGAGGGGCGUGCUUUUACUCCUACUGUUGAGCACUGGGAGGGGGACCGUUAUUUUAGGACUCGCUUUGUCGCUGAACGUACAGUUCCAUUUUAUGAUGCAGCUACGGGUAGAGAGAAUUCGGUACAAGCAGCACUAGCCUUGACAUUUGAUAUCACUGAAGAGAAUGCCCGGGUGACGCUACAAAAGGAGAAUGAAAGGUUAGUGACGAACGAAAAGGCCGCUGUUGAUGCGAGCACCUUGAAAAGUCGGUUUCUUGCCAAUAUGUCUCACGAGAUUCGCACUCCAAUCUCUGGUAUAAUUGGUCUUAGUGAACACCUGUCCGAUUGUGGUUUAACCGAAGAGCAAACAGAGUUCUGUAGCAGCAUCCGCGAGAGUGCAAAAUUCCUUCUCACAGUCAUCAACGAUGUUCUGGAUUUCAGCAAAUUGGAAUCAGGACACAUGGAUGUGGAAUCGAUUCCCUUUGCACCCAACAAGCUCAUCAGUGACACUAUCAUCCCACUGCGACUUCAAGCUGAGGAGAGAGGCAUUGCUCUCAAUUGGACAUACAAAGGUCCAUCCGAAGAGGUCCUGCAUGGGGAUCCGUGGAGAGUACGUCAAAUCAUAACCAACCUGAUCUCGAAUAGCCUUAAGUUCACACAAGAAGGUCGCAUCGAUCUCACUGUGCAACCCAUUGAUAUCAAGGGCAAUCAGCUGCUGGUUGAAUUCAUCGUACUGGACACUGGAAUUGGUAUCACGGAAGAGGCGAUGAAAUGCCUAUUCAAGCCGUUUACGCAGGCUGAUAAUUCAACAGCUAGAUUGUAUGGAGGCACUGGGCUGGGUUUGUCAAUCUGCCGACAACUUCUCGAGCUUAUGGGUGGUCAGAUUACAUUGAAGUCUAUCCGUGGGCAAGGGACUACCGCGACCUGCAGGAUCCCAUUUCGAAAGUUUGAUGGCCCUCCUGGCGACAUGGUCAUGUCGACCUCUUUACCUGCUCGAGCAAUGAGACAGGACCCAGCCAAGAUAAAACCGAACACGGCGCCUCAUCCUCAGCAUGCAUCACUCGAAGGCUCGAAAUACGAACGCCUUGUUUCUUUGCAAGAGAACAAAUCACCGGCCGACUACCACAUACUUCUGGUAGAAGAUAAUCUAGUGAACCGCAAAGUUAUUGCGUUAGCUGUAAAGAAGUUAGGGUAUGCUGUCUCUACUGCAUGCAACGGACAGGAAGCACUCGAUUACCUGUGCAAAACAUCUGUACAGCCUCGUCCCGAUGCUGUGCUAAUGGAUUGCAUGAUGCCAGUCGUUGAUGGCUACGAAGCUACGCGCAAACUCCGCAGCGACAGCGACAUGUUCGACGAAGAAGUGCGUACUUUGCCUAUCAUCGCACUCACCGCCAGCGCCAUCAAGGGAGAUAAAGAGAAAUGUUGGGAGGCAGGCAUGGACGACUACUUGACUAAGCCUGCUGCAAGGGAAGAUUUGAUGAGGAUGUUAUUAAAAUGGAUUGCGCCUCAGGAACACCAAAACUGAUGAACGGUUACACGAUCGCUGAUCUCCUCAACACGCGACUCCACGAUCGAUGUUGAUGUGCAAACACUGGCUUCGCUCGAGAUCUAUAGCUGCUCAAGAUUCUCGUUGUAUUCAAAACUGUGAUAAAGAAGAGGGGAACAGGAAAUUCUAUUCUGGCUAAAAUUCACGGAGAAGUUACUUACAUAUACCUACCUAUACUCCUGUAUGAGAAGCCUGAGUAGAUUCGGGAUAUCAAAUCGGGGCUAUUACCUACGACAUACAACAUCGACUGAUCGUUCCUGGUGCUCAUCAAGGGCCAAGCAUCG